UCCUCCCAUUUGCAGUGGCACUUGGUGGGCUCAAGCUAAUGAGCCUCUCUCUGUGUGAGCCACAGGAACAGAAGGAUGGAGCGUAGAGAGUGAUUUUUAACCCCCUGCAGCAGUCAAAUUACAUCUAUAUUUGACCUUGGAAAGGAUCUCUUCAGCUGAAGGCAGCCAGAGGCCUGCUUCCUUGGAAACCAAGGGGGACUAUAUUUCUGCACUUAGCUCAGCUGCUUGGAUGUUUCCUUAGCCUUUGCAGUCAUGACUGAAAUAUUCCUUGUCUCGCAUGGAAGAUCUUCUCAUUUGGGAUAAAGGUGACCGAAAGACAACUGAAUAGCCCUGGAGGGAAAGAGAGAAGGGAAAAUGGCCUAAGUGUGUAAGUUAACAAAGGCUGCUCAGUAUUAAAACCAGGACUAAAAGAAGAAUAUUAAAAUAAACACCUGGAUCCACAAUAUCAAGUAAAUCAAAGUAUUCUGCUGCACUACAGUAGUAAAGUCACCACUUUGCCUUGUUGGAAGAAACUGGGGACAUAGGAUCUUAGCCAAAUAUUCAAAAUGGUAAUGCAAAGGUAUCUCCUAACCUAUAUUGGAGUGGUGCUCACUUUAAACCUUCAUCACCUCAUCAGAGCCAUUGAAGUCCCUCGGGAUCCAAGUAUUCAAGAAUCAUUACAUCAGCCUCCCACUAUUACAAAGCAGUCUGUGAAGAAUUAUAUUGUUGAUCCAAGAGAUAACAUAUUCAUUGAAUGUGAAGCAAAAGGCAACCCCGUCCCUACAUUUUCAUGGACACGCAAUGGGAAGUUCUUCAAUGUUGCAAAAGACCCAAGAGUUAGCAUGAGACAUUGGUCAGGUACACUGGCUGUUGACUUCCGCAGUGGUGGUAGGCCGGAGGACUACGAGGGGGAAUAUCAAUGUUUUGCUCGGAAUGAUUUUGGGACGGCCAACUCCAAUAAAAUAUUCCUACAGGUUUCAAAAUCUCCUUUGUGGCCGAAAGAAAACUUGGACAUUCAAGAAGUUCAUGAAGGUGCUCAGCUUAUCUUGGCAUGCAACCCCCCUCCUGGUCUGCCACCGCCUGCUAUCUUCUGGAUGAGCAGCUCCAUGGAACCAAUUCACCAAGACAAGCGUGUCUCCCAAGGACAUAAUGGCGACUUGUAUUUUUCUAAUGUCCUGCAAGAAGAUUCCCAGACUGACUAUAGCUGCAAUGCUCGCUUUGCCUUCACCCACACGAUCCAGCAGAAAAAUCCUUAUACACUCAAGGUCCUGACCAAGCAUCCCCUUAAUGAAACGUCCUUUCGAAAUCACACUGACAUAUACAGUGCCCGAGGCAUUACAGAAAGGCACCCCAGCUUCAUGUAUCCCGUUGGGAGCCCAAGUAGCCAGAUGGUGCUAAGAGGGGAAGACCUCUUAUUGGAAUGCAUUGCCUCAGGAGUCCCAACACCAGGAAUUAUGUGGCACAAGAAAGGAGGUGAUCUCCCAGCAGGCAGGACCAAAUUGGAGAACUUUGAUAAGGCUCUUCAUAUUGCCAAUGUUUCAGAAGAAGAUUCUGGAGAAUACUUCUGUUUAGCUUCCAACAAAGUGGGCACUAGCCGCCAUGUGAUCUCGGUGAUAGUGAAGGCUGCUCCUUUCUGGUUGGAUGAACCACAGAACCUAAUUUUGGCUCCUGGUGAAGAUGGAAGGCUGGUUUGCCAAGCCAAUGGUAACCCCAAGCCUUCAAUUCAGUGGCUCGUGAAUGGAGAACCUAUUGAAAGCUCUGCUCCCAACCCAAGUCGUGAAGUGACUGGAGACACUAUUAUGUUUCGGGACAUCCAAAGUGGCAGCAGUGCUGUGUAUCAAUGCAACGCUUCCAAUGAACAUGGAUAUCUGCUAGCCAAUGCCUUUGUCAGUGUGUUAGAUGUUAUUCCUAGGAUCCUAGCCCCUCGUAACCAGCUGAUUAAAGUGAUUCUCAACAAUCGGACUCUCCUCAACUGUCCAUUCUUUGGGUCCCCAAUCCCUACAUUACGAUGGUUUAAGAAUGGCCAGGGAAGCACAUUGCACGGCGGCAACUAUAAAGCACAUGAGAAUGGGACUUUGGAAAUUAUCAGAGCACGAAAGGAAGACCAGGGAACCUACACCUGUGUGGCCACCAAUCUUCUGGGCAAAGCGCAGAACCAGGUUCGUUUGGAAAUAAAAGAUCCGACUAGGAUUAUAGAUGGGCCGAAAGAUGCUGUGCCAAAGAAAGGAUCCACCGUUUAUUUAGUGUGUCGGACAAUACAUGAUCCUACUUUAAGGCUUACAGUCUCCUGGCUCAAGGAUGAUGUUCCUCUGUACUUAGGAACCAGGAUAAAGAAAGAAGAUGAUGGCCUCACAAUAUAUGGAGUUUCAGAAAAAGAUCAAGGAUACUACACCUGCGUUGCCAGCACUGAACUAGAUAAAGAUACUGCCAGAGCCCAUCUCACUAUUCUAGAUCCUUCCCUUAACCGUAUGACUUUACCCAAAGCACGUCCUGACCGUCCCCGUGACCUUGAAUUAACAGACCUUUCUGAAAGGAGUGUGCGGUUAACAUGGAUUCCCGGUGAUGACAACAACAGCCCAAUCACAGAUUACAUCGUGGAGUUUGAGGAAGAUAGAUAUGAACCUGGAAGAUGGCAAAACCAUUCCCGCUACCCAGGAAGUGUCAACUCUGCUGUCUUGCGCCUCGCACCAUAUGUGAACUACCAGUUCCGAGUAAUAGCCGUGAAUGAAGUAGGAAGCAGCUAUCCUAGUUUGCCCUCUGAACGAUACCAUACAAAUGGGGCCCGUCCAGAGUAUAACCCGACAGGAGUUCAAGGAGCAGGAACUGCAAAAAAUAACAUGGUUAUAUCAUGGACGCCAUUAAGUGCAACCCAGGUUUAUGGCCCCAACCUCAGAUAUAUUGUGAAAUGGAGGAGAAGAGACACACGAGAGAGCUGGAGCAACAGGACGGUAAAGGGAGACGUCAGCCAGUACACUGUUACGCAGACACCCAUCUAUACGCCCUAUGAGAUCAAAGUGCAAGCUGUCAAUGACUAUGGGAUGGCUCCAGAGGCAGACACUGUCAUUGGCUACUCAGGGGAAGACUAUCCUAAGGCUGCUCCCACUGAUGUUAGACUCAAAGUUGUAAACAGCACAGCAGUCAGUCUACAGUGGAGUAAAGUCUAUCCGGAAACCGUCCAGGGACAGCUUAAGGAAUACAGAGCUUAUUACUGGAGAGAAAGUAGUUUGCUGAAGAAUCUAUGGGUCUCUAAGAAAAAGCAGUCUAUGAGUUUUAGUGGAGACCGGACACGGGGCAUAGUGUCCCGACUAUUUCCUUACAGCAACUACAAGCUGGAGAUGGUUGUGGCCAAUGGGAGAGGUGAUGGGCCUCGAAGUGACACUUUGGAGUUCACGACACCUGAAGGAGUACCCAGCACUCCAAGGUAUUUCAGAAUCCGCCAGCCAAACCUGGAAACAAUUACUUUGGAAUGGGAACACCCUGAACAUCCCAAUGGAAAUCUUAUUGGAUACACUCUUAGAUACCAAGCCUUUAAUGGAUCCAAAACUGGCAGAACAGUGGUAGAGAACUUCUCUCCUAACCAGACAAGGUUUGUGCUCCAGAGGACAGACCCCAUAUCCCGCUACAGAUUCAACCUGCGUAGCAGGUCGCAGAUUGGGGAAGGUGAGCCUGCCACAGGGGAAUCGCCACUUCCAUUGAAUGAAGCUCUUCCAACCUCAGUUGUAAUCCCUCCAACAACCAUCGACCAAACUACAGUUGCUACAACUGUGGCAGCUACCACCACAGAAGCUACCACCACAACCACCACUACAGAAGCAACCACCACCACCGAAGCUCCCACUACUACUGAAGUUGCAACCACUACAGAAGCAACAACCAUCACAGAAGCUACAACCACUACAGAAGUUGCUACCAUUCCAGCGGUGGUUGCUAGCACUCUAGCUGGUGUUGGAAAGCGUUUCAUCUGGGAUGUAAAAGCUUCACCUAACAGUAACUGGGCAAACAUCACCUGGAACCACACCUUUGAUCCUGAUACUGAGUUUGUGGUUGAGUAUAUCAACAGUAAGCAUUGGGAGCACAUGAAUGCUGCGGGGUCCUUAAUGCCACCAGAGAGCCUGCCAUCUCUCAGAGGUAACAAAACUGUGAAAUCUUACCUUGCUAAAACCUAUGCGGAACUGGUUGACCUGACUCCUGGGGAGAAGUACAUGGUGCGGGUUUUUGUCAAAGGGAACGAUACAAUCAGCUCGAAUGUAACCUUUGAGACAAGUGCAGCAUAUACUAAGCCCCCAAGGGACAUUGCAACUCAGGGCUGGUUUAUUGGAUUGAUGUGUGCCAUCGCGCUCCUGGUGCUGAUUUUGCUGAUAGUUUGCUUCAUUAAGAGAAGCAGAGGAGGGAAAUAUCCAGUGCGAGAAAAUAAAGAUGUGCCUCUGGAUCCUGAUGACCAGAAAGUAGAUAAUGGUUCGUUUGAUUACAGUGAUGAAGACAACAAGCCCCUGCAGGGCAGUCAGACCUCAUUGGAUGGCACAAUAAAACAACAAGAGAGUGACGACAGCUUGGUGGACUAUGGAGAAGGAGGUGAAGGGCAAUUCAAUGAGGAUGGCUCUUUUAUUGGCCAGUACACUGUCAAGAAGGACAAAGAGGAGACAGAAGGCAAUGAGAGCUCAGAAGCCACAUCACCAGUUAAUGCUAUCUACUCCCUGGCAUAACGCAAUACAGUGAAACAAUAGCAGCAGCAACAACUAUACAAAACCUAGUCAGUGUGGGUCAGCAAAGUCACCAUCAAGAAGAGAACGCAAACCAGAGUAGGACAACAAAGACCAAACCCAAGCAGGUGCCAUCAUCUCCUUAACAAACAAAGCAAAUGAUGUAGAUGAAUCAGCUGCUGAAGUGAUUGUGCUGCCACUGAUAUCUGAGCUAACCCACAAGAGACCAGCAGAAGAGCAGAUGCACAGAUUCUAUGCCCCAGGCUUCAGAACUCGGACUGAAAUAAACACCCCCUCUAUACCCCCAUGUCUAAUUUGUGAGAUAAUGCAACUCCUUUCAUUAAUAAUGUACACAGCUGGAUCUUUUGGUUAUUUUUUUAAGGAAAAAGAAAUGCCUAAAUGUGGGGAAAAUUAGAAGUGAGAGGGGUAUGUGUGCAGAUGAGAUAUCACUGAACCUCCCACGCUAAAAGCAGCAUGGAACCACAUUGCGGAAUCAGCUACUGAUACAAAUGACAAGUUGUUUUAUAAACAGGAACUUUCUCAUCAUUGGUUCUUGUAGUCUUCACUAAACAGGGUGCAUGAUGCUCCUUCCUACAAGAUGACAUGGUAUUGUAUUUGGCUUCAGUACAGAAGCUAAACGUCAGGGACGGGGAGAUGGGGUAUUGACAAAAAAUGUCUCAGAUAUCAGUUAGUGCUAUACUUCACAUUACUGGGGUCUGCUGCAAGUGACAAUGUGAGGUUUCACUCCACCCGAGUUUAUUUGUUAUCUUUCUUCAAAGAAAGAGUUUAAUGGAAACAGUUGCAUUUUUAUGCCAGCCCAAGGAAGAAAAAUGGCUUCUUCUUGUUUUUUCUAGAGAAAUGUUGGAAUGGGAUUCCUCAUUCUUGGUGAAGCCAGCCUUUCCUCCCAAUGUACACAUUUGGCAUUAACUAUCAUCCUGCGCAUAGCAGGAAAAAGGAGGAAGGCUGGAUGGGAAAAAACAUCCAGGAUGUUUUCCUACUGUUCACUGAAACAGGAUGGUAUCUGUUAAGAUUAAACUAACCUGGCUCAGAACCUGCCAGUCACUUCUGUGAAAAGUUCAGGGAUUACCUGUCCCUAUAUGUUUGAUGCAAAAGUGUAAAUGCACUCAGAAUCAACCCAAACUGGUCCAACUUUCAAUUGUUCUGAUGAACUGUAUAUCAGUCAGGGUUACGGUUUUCUGGCUUUCAAGAUAAAAACCACUUUCCAACACAUGCAAGGGCCUCUUAUUGCCCAUUCCCCUUUAGUCGAUUAGAUUAAAGGAGGCCUUUUCCAGUAUUAAAUAAGCAGCAGCAUGAAGCUCACACUGUCUUGUUAGUUACACAUCAGUGGCACUCAAAUCAAGCUAACUCGCUAACACGCAGUAACCCUGUUUUCCUCAGAUACAGAUUCUGUUGUGACACUGUUCUUCCAUAUAUGCCUUAAACAGCUUCAUGCGUUCCCUGAAGCUUAAUAAACUAUGAAUAUUUACCCGUAGAUUAAGCCCCUGGUGUGAUGGUCUGUAAUCUGUCCACGCAGUACAACUAAAGGAGGCUUCUGCAGCUUGAUCAGAUGAGAAAGCAUGGAUCAUUGUAGAAGGUAGAGUUUUGUAAUAAUACAGUAUUUAGUGCAACACAGCAUGUACUCUCUUCAUUCCCUGCACUUUUCAAGCCAAAGGUAUUUAAAAUAGAGGGAGACAUGGCUCCUGCAAAUGGUUUCUCUGCUAUAAGAAAAUGUACAGGAUGAAUCUCAGAAGAUCUCUCUUUCGGUAUCAUGCUAAAACAGGGAAAUUGAAUGAUAUGGCUAAAUGUUCAAAUUGGCAUAUUUCAGAGGCAGUUUGCCAGUAAAACUGUUUCAGAUGAAGAGGAUAGUGUAGAUGAGAGGUACUUUGUAAACGGGUGUGAUAUUUAGAGGUUUAGUUGUUAAAAUCAACUAAAAGAAUUCUCAAAUGCAGUCAUCUUGCAUUACAGAAUCAAAUGGCUACCAAACAAACUGAGGCCUUUUGGGAUGAAUUCAGGGUGGGGGGGACACAUUGGGGUGAGUAAAGUUUUGUUCUAAAUACUAUCUCAAUUCAGGGAGUGCUAUCUAAUUCUGUAUGCAAUCUCUUGCUAUGAUAGAUAUAUCUCUCUUUCCACCCCCAAGUUUGCAUGUUCAAUUGCUUCAAGCCAGAUCAUUCUCCAUGGUAUAUUUGGGUUUUGUUUUUGUUUUUUUUCCCCUUUCAGCAGGAUGCUGCUUUUAAACCCAUAAUUGUAAUGGACACAUGUGGUAUAGUGAUUUAUCAUGAGAGGAAAGCAAAUAUUUCAUAGAAUGAUAGAAUCAUUGAGUUGGAAGGUAGUGCAAGGGCUGUCUGGUCCAAAAGCCUACAUCACUUCUGAAGGAUGCUUAUCCAACCCCUGUUUAAAGACUUUCAAAAAUGGAGAAUCCACCUCUCUCUGAGGCAGUCCAUUCCAUUGUCAAACAACUCUUAUAGUAAAGAAAGUCCUCCAUAGAAACAUAGGGAGUGAUCACACUGAGUCAGACAAUUGGCCUAAUUCACUCAGGUUUGUCUAUGAAUAUGAUCUUGCCCUUUACCCAACCUGGAACUCAAGGGAGCCUACAAGAAUUAAAACAGAUACAGCUAAAAAGUGUAUACUGUACAAAAAUCAAAAUAUCAUCAAAAUGUCAAUAGAGUUAAAAGCAGUUAAAAGGGAACUCGUUAAAAAGAACAACUAAGAAAAACAUAACACAUUAAAAGUCCUCCAUUCCUUGGAGCAGUCAGCCCUCAAAGGCCUGCCAAAAGAGAAAAGUCUUCACCUCCAUAUAAUAGGAAAGCAAGGGGGGUCCCUGUCUAUUAUCUCUAGGAAGGGUGCUCUGCAGCUACCAAGGUUUACAUUGACCAUUUGUAGUCCUGCAGGGUUGCACACAGGAGUCUUCCCCAGUGCUGUCUGAAGAUAGUAGAGACUGAUCAUGGGAUCUUUUUCAUGGAAAACACAUGCUCUACCACUAAUGGUAUACUACAACUCAACCAUGCUCAGUGAAGGCUAAGACAUUCUGUAUGCCUUUUGGUUUUACCUUUUGUUUUUAUCUCCUUUGAACUGGAGAACUCCUAAGAGUCUGCAAUGGAGUCCAAAAUGGGUCAUGGUAAUCUAAAAACCUGCAGUUUUGUUGACAGGUGCUUCUAUCUCUAGAUUUAAGGCAACAGCGGGAACUAUGCCACCCUCCGGAUGUUGACAGACUGCAACAGCUCUAGCCAGAAUAGCCAGUGAUGAAGAAUGCUGGGAAUUGCUGUUCGGUGUCUGGUGGAUGCACAGUUCCUACUGUGUCUUAAUACAUUGCCACAGAUAGAAUUAACUAAAUUUGUCCUCUUGGUGAGUCAAAGGAAGUUUUUUAAAAAAAAACACUUUUAUGUGGGAUGUUUUGAAAAGAACCAAAUUUAGACUCUCAUAUGCACCUAGCAAUGCCUACAGUCUUACUCUGUGUUCAGUCCUAGACCUGUGUUUGUGCAUAUCUGUUUACUUCACAACCUCCCUCAUACCACCUGUUUGACGAAGUGCCAAUGAGGGGAUAGGUUUGACUUUAUGUGGUUGUAGAGAUGUUUUGCAGAGUUUAAUAAAAACUAGAAUAAGGCCUAAUUUUUUUUUAAAAACUGGAUGGGUCUUCAUUAAAACAAUUCUUCAACUACAUCAGACAGAUUUUGGGAUGCAACACCGUUUAGAAAAGUCUUUUAAACAUGUUUUGCUUUGUUUUGUUUUUUAACUGCAGCAGAAACAUCAAAUUUCUGGGAGACAUAAUAAUUUGAUACCAUUUGUCAUUACAGUCAGGAGAGAUACCUUGGGAAUGGUUUCAUGGUUAAAAGAUGAGAGCUGAGUUAAGAAGAAAUAUACCAUAUUCUAAAGCCCUGUAUAAGCCAAUAGAGUAAAACCCAAGAAUGCUUGGUGCGUGGUUUCUUGAGCAAGAAUAGAUGACGUAGCAGACAUAUUAUUUUCUAUUGCUUUGAUAUUUCCUGUUACCAAAUUAAUUAAAUAGGUUUCUUCAGUAAAACACCAGUAGACACCAGUAUACAAUUCAUUUUUGUUUACUACUAUAUACUGUGUGUGGAGUCUACAGCCAAAAUAAAACUGUAUCCCAUAAAUCGUAGGAUUGAAAUGUACUGCACACCUACUUUGGAGUAAUGUGUUCAUGGGACACAAUGGAUCCUACAAUUGGAUGAAGCUGAAUAGGACUGAGCUGGGAACUCAUAUACACAAUUUGGGGGUGGCAGGAUAGAUAACUUUGCUAGUAUAUGCCAAUUUUUAAAGAUCUAUGUGACCUCUGCUAGGCUGACAAAGGAAUACUCAACAUAAAAAUGCAUAAGUUUAACAUCUUUUUUUAAACUUUGUAAACUUAUAUGAACAAGGCUAAAAUUUGACUUAGGGUUCUGCUUAUUAAUCAUUCCCAGAGCCUUCCAUCAUAGGUAUUCACAACACCUUGCAAAAAUACAUUCAGUUAGAACUAUUGAAAAUUGCAUCCCAGAAAGAGAAUCAUGUUUGCUGUUGGUACAAUAGUGCAGUUUAAGAACUGGUCACCACUAACAACAAAAUUGCCCAAUGGUAAUAUUCAGUUUAAUCAUUAAAAUGGAUUCCAAGUUAUUUCUUGUCGAUACAGAACCAGUGUGGAUAAUCAGUAUCAAUAACACAGGUUUUGCAGGUGGAAGGAAGAAAUUUGCUAUUUUUGAAUACCGUACUACCUUUUAAAAAACCUGGUGUUCACAAACAAUGAUGAGCAAUUGGAUUUAUUGGUCCAGAAUUGGGGAGCCAUAUGGAAAGGCACUAACUAUUAGAUACUGAGGGAGCCAAGAAAUGGGCAAAGUGAGGCAUGGACUGUUAAUUUAAUUUGUUAAAUACACCAGUAACAUGUUAAAUGUUAUGCAGCUUUUACCUGUAGAGAAUACUGAUGUCCUCUCACAUUCUAUAUUUAAGAUAGGUCCAACAGUGGUAUGUGACAACAAAAUGCAAUGUCUAAAAUCAGUGCUAAAAAGUAAACUAAGUACAGUGUAAAUUCUAGCAGAAAUAUUACAUGGCAAAGGUUUUAAGAAGCAAAUGUCCAUACCUUUUUGAGACUACUUGAUGUCCUUCGAUUUUUGGAAACUAGUAAAGGGAGGGUCUCAUCAGUACUUGGGUAGAAGAAAAAGAUAACAUUGUGAUAGAUUUUGUUGGGCUGGAGGUCAUGGUCUCUUCAUUAUCCCAGGAUGUUCAGUUAUUUUGAUAGCAUUUCAGAAGCUUAUCACAUCAGAAGAGCUGGUCUAAAAAGAAAGAGAAAACUGCAUGAGAUGUAAGUUGAUCCCUUCUCUACCUCCAGUGAGUCUCCAUUCCUGGUUUCCCAGUACUAGGAUUAAAAAUAGACUGGGCCCAGCAGCAUGUGAUUAAUGCUGAUGCCAGAGAAACAUUUUUCUAUGACAAAUUUUGUUAACUACAGUCAAAUGUUUACUCCUAUUCAUGUAACUAACACAAGGGUCAAAUCUCCAGUGUAUUGUUCAGCUGCUGCAACUUAAGAACUGUAGGCAGUAGAGUGAACAGCACAGAUGAAUGGACAGUCCUUCCUCUGUUAUGCUUCAUGGAUCCCCAGGUUUGGCUCUCCAAUACAAAUGUCUUCCAAUAUGUAGUGCAUAUCAGAGACUAGCAAAAGGGUUCUCCAAGCACCACCAUGUCAAUUUUGCAUGGUUCUCAUAGGAAAGGUGCUCAUCUAUCCCCUGCAUGAACCCUAUGUGUUGACAAGACAAGUUGCCAUUAUGAAUCUCCUGAGUCUUUAAAGCUUUACUGCCAGCAUUGUGGCAACAUCAGUCAUGGAACUAUGACAGUUGUCCUUUCAUGCACACCAUAUCUUGUGUUGAAAUAUAUCAUCUUUUUAAUUCCAUCUUUAACAGGAGCAAUCCGACUCUUGCCUCAGGUUUACAGAUCCAUGUGAUAGGGAAGUCACAGGAAGGUCCAGAUAGCAUCGAUGUCCAGUUUCGUUGUUAAACUGAAUCAAUAAAUUAAAAGACAAUGCAAUCUUUAUGACUUGACCCAGCAAUUUGAAAGUUUUAUCACUGUUUCAUGUGGGGAAGUACUCAGUGAGAAAGUAAUUCCCUCCCCUUCAGUGGAAUAUUAAGAGGAAGAAAGAGAUAGCUUUUGCCUUAUAUGCCACUGAUGCUAUCAUUUUUAAUAAUGUUCAUAUCCUUCCACUGUCCCAACUUGGCAGAGACAGUCCUGUCUAAUCAACAGUCAUCUCGCUCUUUCAGCAGCUUUAAAAUAUUCCAGUUUUUCUCUUCUCCACAUCCCAUUUCCUCCUUUGUCCUCAGCUUACUCCAAUUGCAGCAACUCAACUUAAAAAUGUAAAAGUAGUUUGUAUUAAACUCAGUGGGGGCAGAAUCUCACCCUUCCCAAUACAGGUGAAAGCAAACUGCUAUAGCCUAUUCUAGCUUAUGUGUCCUUCCUCAUUAAUAAAUGUUUGUUAUCUUAACCAUAUGCUGAUCUUGCUUGGGCACUUGUGUUUGAUUUUAAUCUGUGAAAAGUUGGAGGGUAAUUUUAUUGGGAAAUAGCAGCUCACGCUGUGAUAUAUCAAACAGCAAAAGAAAAAAAUGGUAGGGCCAUCUCACUCACUUUUUACCCUGUAGAUUUGACCCAUAGGUCACCUAGCACAGAAGUCUUGACCCCGCAAUCGAUCUGCCUGCAAUUACCUAGAUUUCAUGUGUCUAAACAAGAUACAGCUCCACUACCUGUCGGAAAUAUCCUAAGAGAGCGUCACUCAAUAUUGAUUUCCAUUAGGCUCCAGCCUUUGGUUUAUGUUUUUACCUGACUCAUAAUGACCUAUUGUGGCCUUUUCCCUCACUCCAACUAUCAGCCGCAGGAAGAACAAAAUAUAACCUUGCUCUCACUUUCUGGAAUGUAGACAUUGUGAAAAGCAGUUUCACACAAAAUUGGGACUUCAACCUAUAAGGGAACAUGCAUUAAUUCUACACUAGUGUCAAAAGUCUUCAACUAAGCAAUAAUAUAGUAAUAGUAGUAGUAAAAAGUGAAAUCCACUUUCUUCCAUUGAAACUCAUUUCUGAUUAUAAGAAAUCCAGAAUGUCACUGGGCUCUCCCCUCUUUAACCCCAGAUAGCCCAUCUCUUAAUCUGUGUCUUUCAAGAAAGUACCAUGUUUUGAUUGUGAUGUCCGAAAACCAUCUUGGACCCCUCAUGUUGGUACUAUAGAGGCUGGGAGACCUUGCUUUGCACUAUGGCAAUUUCAAACACUUAUCACUACAUUAUUGGACUGCUUUUUUGUCUGUCUUUAAUAAUUUGAACACACAAACAUUAUUUCUUGAAAACUUUCCCCCAACUGUUCUGAUACUUUCUCUGUAUUUAUUUCCUUGCCUUCCUUUUGGGGGAGGGGUAUUAGCAAAUAUUGUGUUAAAUCUACUCUUCAAUAGAUGGAUGCAUAUCUGAGACUGUAAAGAAUGGUUUAGAGUGUGUAGAUUUACAGACUAUGGAGAUGUGUUUAAUAUAUGGACUACAUGAGCAAUUUGAAAAAAUAGGCCAAAAUAUCCAGAAAUGUUUUUGAAUCACUGUAAAAAAAACCCUUUUUAUAGAGAACACUAAACAUAAUAAAAAUAUUGUUCAGAAGA